UUGUUCCUUCAGCCCUUGGAGUUGACCGGCAAGUUUCCAUCUCAGAUAAGGUGAGUACAGAGUGCCUGCUAGCUCAGCAGUUGUUAUGCGUUGGCAUCACUGUUUCCCAGCUAUUCUUGUCAAAGGUCAUAAGCAACUCACGGGGCUUCCCGUUGAAGACGUAAUUACCUGACCUCAGCUAUAACUAGAUGAAGUGGGGCCGGGCUGCUUAUCGCUGUGACGUUUAACGCUAUCGAGAUCGCACAGUGGUAGGUAGCGUACACUCGACUUUUUUGCUGGGCAAACCUCGGCGCUGAACUACACUACUGUGUACCUACCUACCCGUCGGGCUUCGAAUCCGGUCGGCCAAGUCACCCUUCUUCGAGCAAGCGAUGGCGCCGACAAAGCCCAAGAAGACAGCGCACAAGUCCAAGGCGAGGAACCGAGUCCGAGCCAAAGCGGCGUCUGCGCAGAACGCGAAUAUCAAUGCUAGAGAGCUCCUCGCGCAAGCAACUGCCUUGCUCGAGGAAGGAGACGCCGAGUCCGCGGCCACGAUAGCCCGCGCCGCCUACCAGCACAUCGGCGAAGGCGGGAGGCUAGCCGGCGCAGCUCUAUCGCUCCUUGGCCAAAUACAUGUCGAGCUGGGCGAAAUCGGCGCUGCCCGCGAGUUUUUCCUUGCUGCAGUAAAGGUCGACGAGGACGGGUCGCUGCCAGACGACGUCGGUGGUGGGCCUGAGAAGUUCCUAUGGCUAGCGCAGCUCAGCGAGGAGGGCGGCCAUGACAGCGUCUCGUGGUUCGAGCGGGGGGCUGCUGCCCUGCGCGCCCAGAUCCAGACGCUCACGGAGUCGCUCGACUCGCGACCGCUGACCCGCGACGCGCAGGAGGCGGUCAUCGCCGAGAAGCGGAAGCGACUGGCGGAAACGCUAUGCGCCGUCGUCGAGGUCUACAUGACAGAUCUCAGCUGGGAGGAGGAUGCCGAGCAGCGGUGUGAGGCGCUCAUCACCGAGGCGACCAUGCUGGCGCCCGAGUCCGCCGAGACUUGGCAGACCGUCGCCAACGUCCGCAUCUCCCAGACUAGGACAGAAGAGGCCCGGGAAGCCCUGAAGCGCAGCUUAGGGCUGUGGACCCAUCUUGAGCCCGAAGACCCCGCAGUGCCGCCCUUCCCGUCCCGGGUCAGCCUGGUCCGGUUGCUCAUCGAGGUCGAUAUGGAGGAGCAGGCGAUGGCGGUCACCGAGCGCCUAAUAGCCGAGGACGACCGGAGCGUGGAAGUUCUGUACCUGGGCGGGUAUGCUAGGUACUUAAGAGGGGAAAAGGUCAAGAACAAGGAUCAAGGUUCCGAUGUGGAGGCCUGGAAAGCUUCGUGGCGGUCGGCGCGGAAAUGGCUUGCCCAGUGUUUGAAGGUUUUCCAGCAAGAGGAGUACGAGGAUGAAAGGUUAGGCGAGCACGCUCGUGAGCUGCUCGAAUCCAUCAAGGGCGAGUUGGGCGAGUCGGCCGAGGACGAGGAUGACGAAGACGCGUGGGAAGACACUGACGGCGAGGAGGAUUGGGAGGGUGUUGAUAGUGACGAGGACACGGAGAUGCAUUAACGACAACGGCGCAUCAGACGGCAUGGUAAAUGGCUCAUGGCAAGUCGGAUAUGCAGGCGUAUCCUGGCGUUCAGGAAGGAAAAUUCAUGUCGGGGUCUAGAGGUCUACCA